UUUUAUUUUAUUUUAUUUUAUUUAUUUAUUUUUUUUAAAUAAAACUUUUAACUUUCUUCUUUUUCUCCCUCUCUCUCUCUAUUAAAAAGAUGGUGGUUUCAAAAACCAGUAUCUUUGCUAUUAAAGAAAGAGAAGCAAUUAAACCAUCAAAACUAAGCAUAAAUGAAAAAAAAGAUGAAGUAAUAAUAUCAAAAUCUUUUAAACGAUUACAUAGGCUUGCUUUUAAAGCAAGACAGUCCUCUUUUGAUACGACAAAUCCAGAGACUAGUAAAGAUACAUUUAGAGGAUUUUAUACAUUAUUUUGGAUUGCUAUGGGGUUCUAUACGAUUUUAACAUUAGUUCGAUGUUAUGAACAAGACGGCGUUGUACUUAGUUUAAGCUUUUUCAGGCUUAUGUCAAAAGAUACAGUUGCUUUAUUUAUCGCAGAUAUCCUUAUGAUCAGUCAAACCUUUCUUGUUAUUCCUUUUGCAUUGUUGAUGAUGAAAGGUUAUAUUAAACGUAAACCAGUUGGUAUCAUUCUUCAACAUUCGUUACAGACAGCUUUCUUGUUCAGUAAUAUAUAUUGGGUCUUUUGGAGAAAAUGGCCGAUGACACAAACCACGUUUUUCACUUUGCAUACAAUAGUGAUGAUGAUGAAAAUGCAUUCUUAUAUAGAACUGAAUGGUGAUUUAGCGACAAAGUACAGGAGACUCAUUUCCUUGAAGGAAAAGAUACCCAAAUGGGUUAAGGAUCGAGAGACAGCAGCAGGAGAUGAGAAUAGCAGGGGUUACUCUCUUAAAGAUCAAUCUGAGUUAGCUAAUAUGGAAUCUGAGAUAAAGUUUUUAAAUGAAGAGCUUACGCAUGGCAAAACUCAUUAUCCAGAAAAUUUAACUAUAAUGAAUUAUGUAGACUAUCUAGCUGUACCAACCUUAAUUUAUUGUUUAGAAUAUCCGAGGAUUGACAGAAUCAGGCCUAAAUAUUUACUCGAGAAAACAACGGCCAUUAUUGGCACGUUUCUAUUGCUAUACAUUACUACUGAAAGAUAUAUUUAUCCUCAAUUAUAUAAUCCAAAUAUGUCGGAUAUACGCGUUGUAUUAGAAGUCUUAUUUCCAUUCAUGAUGAAUUAUAUGUUCCUGUUCUAUAUUAUCUUUGAAUGUAUUCUUAACUGGUUUGCUGAAAUUACUAAAUUUGCUGAUAGAAAUUUUUAUGAUGACUGGUGGAAUAGUGUCACCUUUGAUGAAUAUGCUCGUAAAUGGAAUAAACCAGUACAUCAUUGGCUGUUAAGACACGUAUAUGCUAUCUCUAUGGACAAUUACAAGAUAUCAAAACAAAGCGCUUCUUUUUUAACUUUCUUAUUUUCUUCCUGUCUUCAUGAAUUGGUCAUGGUCAUUAUAACAAGAAAAUUAAGAAUGUAUUUAUUUUGCUUACAAAUGUCGCAAAUUCCUUUAAUCAAUUUAGGACGCCAGCCUUUCAUUAAAAAUAAUCCAACUCUAGGUAAUGUUAUCUUUUGGAUUGGUAUGUUCAUAGGUCCUCCUUUACUCGGUAUUUUAUAUACUCGACAAGCCUUUUGGGAAAAUAGAUAUGAUGCUGGUCUUGCAUAAUCAUAAUAAAGGGUUAAAAUUUCUUUUAUGUAGGACUAAUGUUGAUUUCUACAGGUAGACGUUAAUGACGCCUUUAUCUGAGAUGAUUUUUAUAGAUAAUAUUCUAACUUUAGAAUACGAAUAAUUGACGAGAGUAAUUUAUAUUCGUUUUUCCUUAUUAUAUUUAUUUCUUAUAUAAUCUAUAUUUAAGAUUAAUGUCAAUCCCACCUAUUACUUUGCCAGUUAUAUAUAUAAAUAUGUAUAUAUAGAUCUAUAUACAUAUAUAUUUUGAAUAAGGCCCGGAAAAAAACAAAAUCAAACUAUCUGCCCU